ACCAUGCCUUACAACUGCUGCCUGUCCAACGUGAGCUGCCGCAGCAGCUGCUCCUCCCGGCCCUGCGUGCCCCACAGCUGCCAUGGCUGCACCCUGCCCGGGGCCUGCAACAUCCCCGCCAACGUGGGCAACUGCAACUGGUUCUGUGAGGGCUCCUUCAACGGCAGCGAGAAGGAGACCAUGCAGUUCCUGAACGACCGGCUGGCCAGCUACCUGGAGAAGGUGCGCCAGCUGGAGAGGGAGAACGCGGAGCUGGAGGCCCGCAUCCAGGAGCGGAACCAGCAGCAGGAGCCCUUGGUGUGCCCCAGCUACCAGUCCUACUUCCGGACCAUCGAGGAGCUCCAGCAGAAGAUCCUGUGCAGCAAGUCUGAGAACUCCAGGAUGGUGGUGGAUAUUGAUAAUGCCAAGCUAGCCUCCGAUGACUUCCGAACCAAGUACGAGACGGAGCUGUCCCUGCGGCAGCUGGUGGAGUCGGACAUCAACGGCCUGCGCAGGAUCCUGGACGAGCUGACCCUGUGCAAGUCUGACCUGGAGGCCCAGGUGGAGUCCCUGAAGGAGGAGCUGCUCUGCCUCAAGCAGAACCACGAGCAGGAAGUCAACACCCUGCGCUGCCAGCUUGGAGACCGCCUCAACGUGGAGGUGGACGCUGCCCCCACCGUGGACCUGAACCAAGUGCUCAAUGAGACCAGGUGUCAGUACGAGGCCCUGGUGGAGACCAACCGCAGGGAAGUGGAGGAGUGGUUCACCACCCAGCAGAGUCACCUCUGGGCCUCACACUCUCCUUAGCCCUUGGAGCUGGUGACUCUGCAAGCCCAUGGAGAAGCUCCUUAAUGGGGGGGGCAGCUCUCUGACACCCCUUUAUCUUCCCCACCACAGAGGAACUCUCUGGAAAACACGCUGACAGAGAGUGAGGCCCGCUACAGCUCCCAGCUGUCCCAGGUGCAGGGCAUGAUCACCAACGUGGAGUCCCAGCUGGCCGAGAUCCGGGCUGACCUGGAGCGUCAGAACCAGGAGUACCAGGUGCUGCUGGACAUCCGGGCCCGGCUGGAGUGUGAGAUCAACACGUACCGGAGCCUGCUGGACAGCGAGGACUGCAAACUUCCCUGUAAUCCCUGUGCCACAACCAACGCCUGCGACAAGCCCAUUGGGCCCUGUGUCUCCAAUCCCUGUGUCACACGAUCUCGGUGUGGGCCUUGCAGCAAUUUUGGGCGCUAG